GUUGGUUCGCAAUUUAACCAUCAGGUAAACAAUAUAUAGUCGUGCCGAAGCCGAGGAGAGGAAUUGAACACCAAAACACGGUUUCCAGGCCGAUAUCGAGCAGCGCAGCAAUCAUGCUGUUGACCAAUCUCAUUCCUGCGCUUGCCCUGAGCACUCUCGCCUCUGCUCUCCCAGAAGUCAAGCGUGCCGCUCAACUUCCGCUUUCCACCAAGGGUCGCGAUAUCAUCGAUGCGAAUGGCGAUAUUUUCCAUUUUGUCUCUACGAACUGGCCGGGACACCAGGAAGUGAUGGUUCCUGAGGGUCUUCAGCACGCUUCGGUCAAGGACAUUGUCUCCUGGUUUCCGAAGUUUGGCCUUAACUCUGUUCGCCUGACAUUCGCCAUUGAGAUGGUCGACGACUAUCUCGCCAACAGCCCAAAUCAAACACUUGAGAAAAGCUUCAUCAAUGCCCUUGGGCAGACGAAUGGUACCAAGGUGCUCGACCAGAUCCUCGAGAAGAACCCCGAGUUCACCAAGGAUACCACAAGACUUGAGGUCUGGGAUGCCGUUGCAAAGGAGCUCUCCCGUCAGGGCGUGAUCAUUCAUCUGGACAACCAUGUCAGCAAGGCAUUCUGGUGCUGCGGCGACAACGAUGGAAACGGCUGGUUUGGCGAGAAGUUUUUUGAUGUUGAGAAAUGGAAGCGUGGUCUCGCAUGGCUGGCCGAGCAUGCUAAGGAGAAUUGGCCUAUGUUCUCUUCAAUGGGUCUUCGCAACGAACUUAGAGCCGCUGCCACUGCUGAACCCGUUGAUUGGUACACCUGGUACGUACACAUGACGGCCGCUGCACAGGCUGUACACGAAGCGGAUCCCAACGCCUUGAUCUUCUUCUCUGGUUUGUCAUACGACACUUACAUCGACCCGAUACCCCUCGGCAAGACCUUGAACGGCACCGUCGGUAAAGCAACGGCCAACAAGACCGCAAUUUUCAAGCCAGAAGACUUUGCCUUUAAGGACAAGAUCGUACUGGAGAUUCACAAGUACGACUUCGAGGCUACCCAGGACAACUGCGAGACGUUCAAGCGCAAGUGGUAUAGUAAAGGUUUUCAGAGCGUCAACCCUGACGACCCAACAACCAAGUACCUCUUCCCCAUGGUCAUCUCCGAGUGGGGCUUCAUCAACAACGGAACAUACUGGAAUCAGACCACAUACGCGAAAUGCUUGGUUGAGAUGGUCGAACAGUACCAGGUCAGCUGGAUGCACUGGGAGCUGUCAGGAUCUUUCUACCUGCAGACCCGACCAGGCAGGAAGCCGCAAGAGACAAUCCAGGGGCUGGAGGAGUUCUGGGGCCUGCUGGACUACAACUGGUCGGCUAUUCGCUCGCCAAUCACACUUGAGAACAGCCUGUACAAGAUGAUUGGGGCCUUGAAGUAA